CCACCGCUUCCGCUUCGACAGUCACCGCUCUUUCCCCUUCUCGCAAGCACCCAGAACUGAGUCGGCCCAACGCUGAGUUGACAUCACAUCGGCCCUCCCCUGUCUUCUCGGACCGCAGUUACUACUCAGCGUGAGGCAAGGCCGGUCGGAAACUAUCUUUCUUCUACAGCCCGGUGGGAUCUUGCCUCGGAAACAUGGCCGACCCUGCCCGGUACAGAUACGCGGACACAGCGGGGAGGCGAUCGCCUCCCCUUUACAACCCCGCGCGCUCCUCGAUGCCCGUCACCAGCGGCGGUUACAGCUCACUCUACAGCGGAGACCUCCAUGCCAUGUCGGCAUCACACCACGAGGGCCUCGCCUCCCGCGCCCCCGAGGAGUAUCGCACAAGCGCAAUCCCGGUCAGCACGACCACCUAUGCCGUCAGGAAGGAGCUGGUGUCGAGGAGCACUGGCGUCCACGACAGCACUCGUGUCCACCGCGUCACUGACGACAACUCCAAACGGCCCAUCAUCGUCACCACGAAACAUCACCCGUCGAGUCCGCGGUCCGGAAGCCCGCCACGCCACGCCUACCGGUCGAGUGACGAGGGUCCGUAUUACACCCAGCCUGCGUCGUCUAUACCCCGGAGUCGCGUUACCAACCACCCCCCCGCCAGUGCCUCCAUGGAUGACGAGGAAUAUCAACGUCUGAAGGACAGGACUCACUAUGACAGACUGGAACGCCGUGGCGGGGAUCCAUACCGUGCUCCGCGGCCCGGCUCACUCUACGCCGGUCCCAAUCAUCGCAUCAACACGCUCGAGUUUGACGAGGAAGGGUAUGAGUACACGAAGCCGAGUGAUCUUGCCAGAUAUGACCUUGACCACGAUCAGCGCCGCAGGCCUCGUCGCGAAAGCCUCGAUCGAUACUAUCGACCAACUGUGAGCAUUAGCACAGACCUGGCCAGGCCAUUUGACCAGACCGACCGCCGUGUGCGGGGCCCGCCACCCACGGCCUGGGGCCUCGACAAGAUCAACCGGCCAGCAGCCGGCGGCAUUUACGAGGGAGCCGGCUCCCGUAUGCCACUGCCUCCACAGGUCCCUCUCGCCCCUGAAGCACGGCCGCUCAACCUGCUCGAUGCGCUAGAAAGCCCGAGAGAAGAACACCGAAGUACUCGCCCUGUGUCUACGUAUCAAGACGACCGGGAUCGGCUAGGUCAUCGCGGCCAUUAUUAUUAUGACGACGACUUGGCCUCAAGAGACACACGGGACCGGGAUCAUGAUUACUAUCAGGACGACAGUGUCACCGCCCGUGGCUUCGGUAUUCGAGUGAGCUCGGACGAUUUCGAGGAUCGUCGUCGGCCUGCCGAAAAGCAAUACCAUGACGGACGCCGCGAGCGCCGGGAGCCGCAAGGGCGCUAUGAGGUCCGCGAGCCAAGGAGGCGAUCGGAUGACGACUUGGAGGUCGUCAAGCAUGAAUAUGAUGAGCGAGAUCACAGAAGGCGUCAUGAUCGCGAUUACGUGGUGGACGGGGAAGCCAGACGUGAUAGGAAAGAAAGGAGGUCUGAUGACGAUGAGUCCGACAGCAAGAAAGAGAGACUCCGCGACAAGGUUGCUGCAGGACUCGGCAUUGCUGCCGCCUCUCUCGGUGUCGGCAGCGCUGUGAGAGGCACGGACGACAGGGAUCAUGAGGACCGGUCUCCGUCUAGAAGGCAUAGACACGAAGAGACUGGCCGCCGAGAUCCUGACGAGGUUGACUCAAGAGGCAAGUCCAGUCGCAGGGAACCUCUGCUAGGUGACGAGGAGUUUGAGAUAGUCGAGUAUCCAAGAGAUCGCGAGAGAUCGGAAAAUGGGACGGGAAUGGAGCCCGAAGCUCGUGGAUCGAAGAGAAAUGGCGACGCUGAGGCUCCGUCGUCCCGGGAACACUCGGCAUCCACCGACGAUGAUGGAAAACCCAGGACCCGCCGGCGGCAUCGAGAUUCCGCGUUCGACCCCAACGACACUGCCGCGCUGGCUGAAAUGAAAGCCCGGCUGGCCGCACUGAAGGCGGACGAGGCCGCGAGAAAGGCGGAGCAGGCCGGUGGCGACGGCAAGGAAGUAGCCCCUAUCAGGGAGCACUCGCCGGAGCGGAAGCCGUCGCCCGUCGAAAAGCGCGAUCCCGACGCCGACGCUUCGGCGUUGGUUCCCAGGGACAACGAGAAAUCUCGCGACGAGAGGCAAGUCCGGGUCGUGCCUCCACCAAAGGAGACGGAAAAGAAACCCAUCAAGGGCAUCCUCAAACCGCCGAGACCCCAGUUCCCGGAGGAGCCAAACCCCGUCCGGGAGGGUGUCGCCCCUCACAAGGACGACAAGACCAAGGCCAAUGUCCCCCCCGGAGCGAGGUGGACCAAAAUCAGCCGCAAGAUGGUCAACCCCGAGGCGCUCAAGAUCGGCAAGGAGCGGUUCGAGGUUCGAGAUGACUUCGUCAUUGUGUUGAGGGUGUUGAGUAAGGAGGAGAUUCAGGCUUACGCGGCAGCGACCGCAACCCUGAGAGGUACGAACAUGCAACCCGAUCCCUGUCGUGUAUAAGGCAAAAGCGAGGGUGGAUGUAUGCUGACGUGCCACGGGACAACAGAACGCCGGAGGAAAGAGUACGAGCUUGAGAUGAAGGGGGAGGGUGAGCGCGAGGGUGAUCGUGAUGACGAUGACGAUAAGAAGACACGACACCGCCCACACCGACGAGAUAGAGACGAUGAUGACCGCCGAGAUCGCGAUCGC